CACAGAUAUUGAAUCCCCCAGUUUAUGUAGGCGAUAUAGGCCUACCCUUCCCUUUGUUUGAUAUAAUUUAAUAAGCAAAUUCUUGUCCCCGACCACAGCUUCUGAAUAGGCGCUACUACAAUGCCGGUGAAAGGUAGCAACCAUAUCGUGCCAAUACCAUAUCACGACAUGGCCACACCGCCAUAUCCUGAUAAUAUGUCAAAUAUCAUUGAAAAUUCCAACGAUACAACACAGGUGCCUCUUGUUGAUCCGCCAUGUGUAUGGAUACUCUACGCAGAAAUUCUCAAAUCAAGAGUGAGAAUCUGGGAUCUGAUUAUACUGAUUCCGAACCUGCUCUUCCUUCUCUUUAUCAUCUACAAGUGCCGCUCGGCAUUUGCGAAACUCAGAAACACAAGUAGUCCAAUCUUCACAGCUUUUUACGGCUUGGUAUGUGCUGUUGCAAUUAUCAGCGUGUUAAGGUCGAUUGUCUCAAUGACUGUCAAUGCUUAUGUACCAGCUGGAGAUAUAACUGAUAAGGUGCUUUGGUUGGUGCUGAGGUUCUUUCUGCUGGCCACAGAAUUAUCUGUCAUCAUUUUUGGCCUGGCAUUUGGUCACCUAGACAGUCAGACUAGCAUCCGAUGGGUCCUUCUAGUGACGUCCUUUAUCGCACUAGCCUACUCCGUCACGCAAGGAACCCUGGAGUUCGUACACAAAGACACUAUUUACAAUAACCUCAACACAGAAUUUGAUUUGUUCGGACACGGUGGCAUGCUGUUUUGGUUUGCCACGUCUGUCUUCUUCUCUGUGGCGUAUGCCAUAAUCACUAUUUUACCAUGUACAAAGCUUGCUGACAGAUUCUCCAUGCCAACGAAGAAGUCGUUCUACUAUUACGCAGCAUUGUUGGCUGUGCUGAACUUGGCCCAGUCGAUUGGCAGUGGGCUGCUCUACUAUCGAGAAUACAAUGGCAUGUGUGUGGUCGACGCAACGACGUAUCUCUACUUCACGUGUUUCGCUCCACUUGUUUAUCUUACAUUCCUCAAAGACUUCUUCAAAGUUGUACAGCCGAGUAUAUUGUUUUCAUACAAAGCGCAAGUGGACGAAUCAGUUGAGGAAGAUGUGAACAUGCCGCACCAAACAUCUGGAUCCGGAAAGGCAGACUCAGAAGCUACUGGGUCUGGGAGUAACUACAAUAGUACACCAUUCGACAGCUUAAAUCCGCUGUAUCAUUCGAUAAACACGCCCACCGAUCUCAGUUUCAGCAAUAAUUAUUUCAGUAGUUUGCAGGUGCCUGAUACUGUGGAGCGCCAUUUGAAUACGUAACAGUGACGCUUUGUGGACAAAUCGCUUAUUUAUCUGAGGACUGAAACAGCAAAACUUUUGUUGUUAAUGUAUUGUCUGUGACUUAUAUAGUACUGUGCAAAAUUGUGCUUUCUAUCAAUAGUUUUUGAGAACUUUGAAUAAGCGCAAUGAUCAACAGAAGGUUGGACAAAAUUUAUAGCUUAUGUAUCCGGAUAGUAAUGCAUAUGAAUACUGUUUGGUUGCCUUGGUUACUUGUCAUUGUGCAUGCAGAACUAGAUACAAAAUCUAGCAAACUUGUUUUGACCUCUGCCAACUGCUAAUUUUGAAUCAAAGAGUGUUAAAAUUCUUUAAUGUUUUAAAUAAAUACACCUGAAUAAUAAUUUUUAUGUGUUGGCAUACUGUAAAAGGAAUAUUUCACUCUUUGUUUUAUGAAAAUCGGUCCAGUGUAAAGCGACAUAUUGAAGACUUUGCAAAUGCCGCCAUCAGAAGUAUGCCACAAUUCAUUCUUCACACCAUCAAACAGGAUCAUUUUAGGACUUUGGUAUCAUACCCAUCAAGUUGGCUUGUUCUGGAUGAAUCGCUGGCAUAGUUCAUGUAUAUGCGGUAGGGACCAGGUAUUCAGUUUUGAGUUUGGGGUCUUGAGCUAUUGUCAGGUUUGAGAGUCGUACUCUAAACAUUGUCUCCACGUAUUUUCAGAUUGCAGUCUUUACAAUCAAUUCCAAAGGGAACAUUCCAAAAAGAAUUUGUAGCAUUAUAUUUCAAAAUCUCAGGCAAGAGCAUACUGUGGAAGUACUGGCCAGAGCCCUCUAUUAAAACCUGUGUACAUUACGUGUACAAUGUUGUGCAUAAGUUUUGGUUAAAAAAAGUACACCUUGGACCAAUCAAUCUGCACAAAAUUUUAUAUGUGUCAAGAAGAACCCUUUGCCAAUAGCAUAAUAAAGUUUAAAAACAUUCCAAUACCGAUUGCCUGAGAAAAAAAAGAUUUCCGUACACCAUAUCCAUCAAAACGUCACUGGCGCAUUGAUAUGGCCCUGUCAAAAUACAAGUUCUAAACUGACCAGUGAGACCACAUUUUCUUAAAUGUAUUAUCAAAAAGCAUAUUUCUGUGAUGGCCUGACUCUGUAGAUUAAGAAUCUACCACAGAUUGAGAAUUAAUUCCACUUUGGUCCAUCCCAGCCAUGUAUUUACCACAACUUGACAUUUUGAUAAGCUCUAUGUGACUGUGCCACCCUUCCGGUCGUGGAUGAAUACAUGUCUCUGCCCUACUGUGUUCAGGGUGGGUUUUCAUUUCCAAAUCUGCUUUUGGAUCAGUUCAGUUACUUGAGGCACAUUUCAGGAUGUGUUUUGAUCGCGGAGAUUCUUACGGCAUGAUAUAACCAAGGCUGCAUUCUAGUUUAGUGGGGUGGGAAGUGGCACUCAGAAAGGAGCUCAAUAUUUUUGCUAGAUGGGCGUACAAUCUUGACCUUUAGGUGGCUGCAAAUGUUUUACUUAAUGGUUUUAUCAUUAAAAAAUGCACCAAUCGAUGAAAUCUGGCUAAAAUAAGCACACUAGGGAAUUGAAAGCCCUAAAACCUGCAGUAAUAUCCUGUGUACCAUAUAUAUUUCAAUGUCACAGCUUAUCAUCAAGCUCUUGACACAGCUUAUUCCUGUGAAAUGGGGACUGUAUACCAUACCAUUUCUGUAGAUUAUAUUCGGAGAGCAUGUACAUUUAUGGUGUAAAGCAUAACAUUUUGCUGUGAGCAUGUUUGAUAACCGGUAUUCUGUACACUUGUUUCUGUUUGGGUCUUUUGUCAUUUUUAUUGUAUGACUCGAGUGACACACAAUAUAAACGAAAAACAAGUUUUUACAAUUUAAAGCACAAUUUGUUCGUCAUAACUCUCGGACAUGAACACCUUAGAGAUCGGUACAUGUGUUUGUAUGUUACUAUGUGUUUCAUCUUUGUAACAAGCUCCUCGCUAUAAACAUUUUGUUUGGAUCCCGGAAAGUUUGUUAUAGUGAGGUUGCAUUGUAUUUCUUAUUUUUUGGCUAAUAUACAUGUAGAAGCUAUUCCUUGCAGAAUAAAAUGUGUUUGAUGGUA